AUGGAUCCCCAGCUCAAGCUGAUCCUUGACGAAAUCCAUCUGUCCAAGGUCGAAUUCGGGCGCCAGUCUGACGACCACGAGGCGCAGUGGGAGCGGCGGUUCUCCGACCUCGACAAGGACCGCAUCGCUCGGGACCAGGCCGUCGACGCCCGGUUCGACCUCCUCGAGGCGGCCUGUGGUGAGUUGCAGCAGCUCCGCGUCGAGCACGACCUCGACGAGCGCGAUGCACGCAUCACCGCCCUGGAGGCUGCCGUGACGGAUCUCGGUCGCUAG